AUGAAGGUGUACAGUGUGCCCACCCACUCCUACAGUACCCGGGCAGCGCCGGGUACUGUGGGUGUGCCCACCCACUCCUACAGUACCCGGGCAGCGCCGGGUACUGUAGGAGUGCCCACCCACUCCUACAGUACCCGGGCAGCGCCGGGUACUGUGGGUGUGCCCACCCACUCCUACAGUACCCGGGCAGCGCCGGGUACUGUGGGUGUGCCCACCCACUCCUACAGUACUCGGGCAGCGCCGGGUACUGUGGGUGUGCCCACCCACUCCUACAGUACUCGGGCAGCGCCGGGUACUGUGGGUGUGCCCACCCACUCCUACAGUACUCGGGCAGCGCCGGGUACUGUGGGUGUGCCCACCCACUCCUACAGUACCCGGGCAGCGCCGGGUACUGUGGGUGUGCCCACCCACUCCUACAGUACCCGGGCAGCGCCGGGUACUGUGGGUGUGCCCACCCACUCCUACAGUACCCGGGCAGCGCCGGGUACUGUGGGUGUGCCCACCCACUCCUACAGUACCCGGGCAGCGCCGGGUACUGUGGGUGUGCCCACCCACCACAGUACCCGGGCGGCGCCGGGUACUGUGGGUGUGCCCACCCACUCCCACAGUACCCGGGCAGCGCCGGGUACUGUGGGUGUGCCCACCCACUCCUACAGUACCCGGGCGGCGCCGGGUACUGUGGGUGUGCCCACCCACUCUUACAGUACCCGGGCAGCGCCGGGUACUGUGGGUGUGCCCACCCACUCCUACAGUACCCGGGCAGCGCCGGGUACUGUGGGUGUUCCCACCCACUCCUACAGUACCCGGGCAGCGCCGGGUACUGUGGGUGUGCCCACCCACUCCUACAGUACCCGGGCAGCGCCGGGUACUGUGGGUGUGCCCACCCACUCCCACAUUACCCGGGCAGCGCCGGGUACUGUGGGUGUGUGCCCACCCACUCCCACAGUACCCGGGCAGCGCCGGGUACUGUGGGUGUGCCCACCCACUCCCACAGUACCCGGGCAGCGCCGGGUACUUGAGGCAGUUCGAUAUUAA